AUGGUGUUGGAGAAGGAGAAGGCACAGGGGGAUUGCCUCUUCUACGUUAUCGACGUUGAGAGUCGAGACUCGAGGGCUUCUGGUGGCUCUACUGUCUCCCCUCCCCCUUUGCUAGAAGAUCAAGUGCAACUUCUCUUGUUGUCACUGCUGGUGCCUACUGCCUUUUCUGCGUUAUCGGCGUCGAGAGCUCCUAGUGGCUCUGCUGCCUCCCCCUCUGUCGGAAGAUCAAGCGAUGACCUCAAUGAAAUUAAGGAUAUUAUUCAUGUAAUUUGUAAGAGUGUAGAUUUCAUUAGAAGAACAGAUGCUAGACUCAUUCAAUUUGCUGAAAUUGUGAAACAAUUGAAGUUACAAGAAAGAAAAUUAGUUGAUGAUUGUAAGACAAGAUGGAAUUCAACUUAUGAGAUGUUGAGAAUAGCAAUUGCUUUUAAAGAAGUAUUUUCAAGAUUUAAAGAUCGUGAACCUAUCUACACUCAUUGUCCAACAGAAGAUGAUUGGGAGAAAUUGCAUAAAGUAUUUUCAAUUUUGAAAGUAUUCUAUGAGGCAACCAAAAUUAUUUCUGGAACUGAAUAUCCUACUGCCAAUCUUUUUCUAAAUGAAGUCUAUCGAGUAAAAGUAAUCUUGGAUGAGAAAUCUUGUGAUGAAGAAGAGUUUAUUAGAAAAAUGGUGCAAAAAAUGAAGGAAAAGUUUGAUAAAUAUUGGGGUGAAUGCAAUUUAUUAAUGGCUGUUGGUUCAGUUUUGGAUCCUAGAUGCAAAAUGCGAGAAUAUUCAGAUGUUGCUAUUGAAAAGCUUCAAGGAUCAAAAAGCAACUAUGAAUCUCAAGAUAGCAACACCUCAAUUCAAAAAGAAGGGUGUCAUAGGCAUAAUCCAAAUGAUGCAUUCGAUGCUCUUGGUUGGUGGAAGCUCAAUACAUACAAAUUUCCAGUGUUGUCAACUUUGGCUAGAGAUAUAUUAGCAAUACCCAUUUCCAUAGUAGCUUCAGAGGCAACUUUUAGUGCUGGAGGUCGUGUUAUUGACAAGUAUCAUGCUUCUUUAGCUCCUACGACCGUAGAAAUGUUGAUGUGCGGUGGAGAUUGGUGUCGAAAGCGACAUGGAGUGAUUAAAAAGUCUAAGGUGAACUUUGGAUGCAGCAAGAGGAAUGGAGAGCUUCUGGGAUGGCAGAAGGAUGGAGAGCUUUGGAAUGGAAGCAUGAUUGGGUAG